AGUCGUCCGCCGAGAGCCCAGCGAUAAGGUAGUCCCGCUACGCUCCGCCAAGUCCCAGACCCAGUAAUAUAUAUAUAGCCACUCGCACACACACACGCAUAUAUAUAUUCCCGAGCAGCCGAACGAUCGAUCUUCCGCUUCGUGCCGAGUCGCUUCGGUCUUUUAAUCGCACUGCAGCCAGAACCUGCUGCUCAUUCGUUUGCCGUAUUUCGCAGCGUGCGGUUCUUUUAGCUCCGCCAUCGAAAAAGAAAUCUGAAAACCCGCAACCAAAAGCAAGAGAACUCCCAGCGUUUUACGUGAUUCUCAGCGAACGCUGCGCGAAAGUGAAACCACCAAGUGAACUUGAAUAAGUAAAUCUACCAAAAGAACAGUGAACUCGCAAAUAGAGCGCAGCAAAGCCAAAUUUGCUGCCAAAGUGAAAACCAAACUGUGCCUCAAACUCAAGAAACAAUUUCUGACCGAAAUGGUUACCGGCGUUACCGCAGCCAACAUGACCAACGUUCUGGGUACCGCCGUUGUUCCGGCCCAGCUCAAGGAGACGCCGCUCAAAAGUGACCGUCGGUCGAACAAGCCCAUCAUGGAGAAACGCCGACGCGCCCGCAUUAACAACUGUCUCAACGAGCUCAAGACUCUCAUCCUGGAUGCCACCAAAAAAGACCCGGCUCGCCACUCCAAAUUGGAAAAGGCCGACAUUCUCGAGAAGACAGUGAAGCACCUGCAGGAGCUGCAGCGCCAGCAGGCCGCCAUGCAACAGGCCGCCGAUCCGAAGAUCGUCAACAAAUUCAAGGCCGGCUUUGCCGACUGCGUGAACGAGGUUAGCCGCUUCCCCGGCAUCGAUCCCGCCCAGCGGCGCCGCCUGCUGCAGCACCUGAGCAACUGCAUCAACGGCGUGAAGACCGAGCUGCACCAGCAGCAGCGCCAGCAGCAGCAGCAGCAGCAGUCCAUCCACGCCCAGAUGCUCCCCUCGCCGCCCAGCUCCCCGGAGCAGGACAGCCAGCAGAGCCAGGCGGCGGCCCCCUACCUUUUCGGCCAGAUCCAGCAGACGGCCAGCGGGUUCUUCCUGCCCAACGGCAUGCAGGUGAUCCCCACCAAGCUGCCCAACGGCAGCAUUGCCCUCGUGUUGCCCCAGAGCCUGCCGCAACAGCAGCAGCAGCAGUUGCUGCAACACCAGCAGCAGCAGCAGCACCAGCAGCAGCAGCAGCAACUCGCCGUCGCAGCAGCAGCGGCGGCAGCAGCAGCGGUCCAGCAGCAGCAGCAGCAGAUGGUUGUGUCCAUGCCACAGCGGACCGCCAGCACCGGAUCCGCCAGCUCGCACUCCUCCGCCGGAUACGAGUCGGCGCCCGGGAGCAGCAGCAGCUGCAGCUACGCCCCGCCCUCGCCGGCCAACUCCAGCUACGAGCCGAUGGACAUCAAGCCGUCGGUCAUCCAGCGCGUGCCCAUGGAGCAGCAGCCGCUGUCGCUGGUGAUCAAGAAGCAGAUCAAGGAGGAGGAGCAGCCCUGGCGGCCCUGGUAGAGGCUCUCCCUUCGAAAGCCCCGCCAGUGAAUCUCCCGCUUUUAAGACUGAUCCCCCCGGAACUCACACACACACACUCAUCCUAACUCACCUAUACACCUACACACACACAUGCGCAGGCGUUGUUGUGCGCAUGCGCGUUGACAUUUCACCUCAUUCGCCGGGAUAACGCAAAUGUUGCUUUGAAGUGCCGCAAACAUGCGAAUCCUUAAAGGAUCCUCCACUUCGUCGGUUUCCCUGGAAAUCCAUCAGCGAGGUUAGGGAUCUCCAUCAAACACACCAACACACACACACACUCGUUGUUAUAACUUAUUUAUUAUUAUUAUGUAAUCGAUUCGAGAACGGUAUUCUACCAGGACAUCGCCAAACUACCUCAGUCCAAGUACUUGGUGUUGAAUUGCCUCAUGUAUCAUGUAUUACUCUUUGAAUAACAGCAAAUCAGCAAAAGUCUUCCACAAACACACACACACACACUCACACACACACACUCGAUAAAGAAAAUCACACGAAAAACACUUGAAAAGCUGAAAUACUUUUUAUGAAAAAGAUAAAACGCAAAACAUAACUCUUACAUUUAGUUUGUACAUCUCCAUUUAAACGUAGAUUUUGUACCAUAGUCGCCUAGGAUUUUCUCUCGCCUUAAGUCUAAUCAAAGAAUAAUUAUAUUUAUAAACACACACACAAAAAACUAUUCGUAAGGCCACGUGAUAUAGUGAACAUAAUGAGCUCUAAGAAAACAAAACAAGAAUUUGAUGCAGACCAAUGCAAAAAAAUCAACAAGAAAAGAAAAACAAACAAACAACAUACUAAAAAGAAAUAAAAUU